UAGGGAUGAUCACUUCUGAAUGGACGCCCCCUAGUCUCGAUUAUCUAGUUAAAAUGGCGUCUACAUGGAAAACAUAUUUAACGGUUGCGCAUUUUAUCGCCUUGUGUAUCCUCACUAAAACCCAAUCAAGACAAAUAACCACGGAGACUGUCGUGUUGAAUGUGACAGCGGUUAGUGAAAUUCGCCAGAUAAAGUACAGUGUACAGAUUAACUUGAAUGUAGGUCUCUGGGAUAAUGAAACAUUUAUUAAUGGAGCUCCUCUCAAAUCUCCAGGAGUCACAAGGCUGACAUGUCCUGCUCUGCUCUUGGAUGGCUAUAAUGUGAGCUCUGGUAGGACAGCUGGUGUGUUGGUCAGCAGUGAACUGAGGCUGAUGUUGAAUCAGUCAUCUAUUCAGAGUGAUGCAGGAGAGCAGAUUGUGUUACUCUUCCUGAGUCAGGAGAUAAUCCAGCUGGCAGAUGAAAAGGUCCAGCAGCCUGACAUCUGUGAGGUGGAAAUCCUUUGGAACUUGAAGUCUGAAGAGGUCAAACAGGUUACCAACUUUUACCCUUCAUCAAGAAGCAAGCUCUCCGCAAUCCCACCAGAGAACGAUGUCUUAGUGACUGACGCAUCAGUAGAAAAUAAAGGUGGAGACCAAGUGCUCAACACCACCAGCCACUAUCUACUAAAACAUGCAGAGACCACUAGGGAGGAGAUCGCAGCUCCAGGGAAGCUUCCUGAAACACCCUUGCGCAUGGACCCUGAUACCCUGUAUGAGUCCAGAGAGGAAGAGGAAAAGAGUUCAGAUUACUUACUUCCUGAGGUUCCUCUCAGAGAGUCAGUGUCCUCUUACAGUGUGGUGUGCCAGUGGGUUGAAGAGCUGAGGGACAAACUGAGGAGGUUCUGGUCUGAUUCAGUCCCACUCUUCUUCUUAGUCAUGUGGGUGGUGGUAGUUGGUGUUGCAGGCUCAGCUGUCAUUAUUAAGAUUCUGGAUAUUCUGUUCCCAACCUGUGAAUACAGGGGAGUCUUUCAUCUGAAUCCAGAGACACUAAUGCCAGAUGAUGAAAAACAGAGUCUAAUAGAUAACGCAGAGAAUGAGGGGGAGAUAACAGAAAAAAGCGUUUUGAUCGAAAAGUGAUGUUCAUGGAUGUGUUCUCGUCAGUUUUGUCAUGUGGCUUUAUUUGGUAAAGGAUACCAAUGACUUCAGUUUAGCACUUUAAAAAACAGAAUUCUAUUUUCACAUGCUCUGUAUAAAAGCAGUAGCAGCAGAUUUUUCAUUUUAUUUUGUAUUCACAAUCCUUAGAGGAAAAAUGCACAUAUACGUGGUGGAAUUUUAAAGACUUAUAAAGUUGAAAUAAGCAGCGUAUCGUGACAAAAUGCCCCUACUUGAAUUCUGAUAGUAAAAACGGGCAUGGAAAUAAUUAAGAAUUGAAUAAAGUUAGUUAAUAUUUGUAAAAAAAAUUAAUCAAAAAGAUAACUAAUGCAACUGAUCUUGAACAGUCCUGUUUUGACUAUUUAAAUGGAUGGGUUUUUUUUCUCACUUUGGAUUUGUUUUUAUAAGUGGCAUGUAUGAAAUUUCCUAUAUUGUUAUUUAUCUUGCAAAGCGUCAUGUAAUAUGCAUUUUGCUUCAGAUUCAGCUAAUGAUGUAACAUUAAGCAUGCAUACUAGCAAUGCAGUUCAGGUUUGAACUGCACUGGAUGAAUGACAUUGAUUUUUACAUUUUGGGUUGCGCUCUGUAUUACGUUUCAUAUAAGACUGACAAAGAGACAGUUCAAUAAUUUUCAGCAUUGCACUGUAGCACUAAUUUAGUCCCACUAAGAGAAGUUUAUUACCGCUGAUCUUAAAAUGGCCAGUUUAACUGGACUCCUAAAUUUCAUUUUAGCCCUGAAUGGCGGACCUGCUGUCAUUGGAUUGAAUGAAAUCCGUUGUGCAUGUCACUUGUAAACAUUACUUUUUUUUUCCACGGUUUGUUACAUCAGUAAAUUCU